GCGCCCGCUGUCGGGGUGCUCCGCGCCUCGCUGCCUGGGAAACUUGGGAGGCUCGCCGGGGAGCGCCCGUCCCCUGCCCCGAGGGCCGCUCCGGCCGAGGGAAGCGUCCCCGUGCGCACCAGCUGGAUGGCGCGGACCCUGAGACCCGACGACAUCAACCCCCGCACGGGGCUUGUGGUGGCUCUGGUCAGCGUCUUUCUGGUGUUCGGCUUCAUGUUCACCGUGUCUGGCAUCAAGGGAGAGACCCUGGGAGACAUCCCGCUGCUGGCUAUCGGGCCGGCCAUCUGCCUGCCGGGCAUUGCCGCCAUCGCCCUCACCAGAAAGACUGACGGCUGCACCAAAUGUCCCGAGAACAUGCGCCCGUGCUGCAAGGAAGUCAAGGAUCGGGACGGCAUGGAGCUGCUAAGGACCCCCUCGGACCUGGAGUCUGGCAAGGGGAGUUGUGACGAGCUGGCCAGGAAAGCUUACCGCAAGGACAGGAGAGGGCUGAGGGGAGAGGACACCGUGUUCAUUUGCACCACCAGCACCACCGCCGCUGCCCCGGCAGAGUGCAAGAGCCUCACCAAAAAGGUGGAGCAGGAGGAGAUGCUGAAAUACCUGGAGAGCUGUUACCCAGAGAUGCCAGAGAAUGUGUUCGUGGGAGAUGUCUCCACAUACAGUGCCUUGGAGAAGAAGAGCUCUUCUCCCAGCAGGGACAGCACUCCUUGCCCUGACAUUGAAGACAACAUUUUUGUGGCUCCUAAAGAUAGUAUCAUUGUCUGCUCUUACAAGGAUAACAGCCCUUAUGACAGGUACUGUUGUUACAUAAACCCCACCGGAGUCAAUUCAGACCAGGAGACCAUUGUGUGAAAGAUGCAUACCUUAUAUAUAUGUAUGUAUACAAAACUGCAACUUCAACUUCUUGAUAGGGGAUAAUAUAGCUGCCUGCAUGGGACAAUCCUGAUACUAUUUCAAUUUAAAGUGGUAUGUGACUGAUACUCAAACCUUUUGUGCCUGAAGUACGCUUUCUGUAAGUAAACAAGCAUGUUUAAAGGUUAAAGAAUUCAGUUUUUCAUUUUUGGAAAAAAAGAAAUUUUAUUUUAUUUUCUCCCUUUUCCUCCCUUUUGUUUUCCUGCUGCCUGUUGUACCCAAGCCUGUAGGCGCUCUGGCAGAAGGGCAGCAGUGCCUGUCAGCUGGGAUCAAGAGCUGAAUGAAACUCUGGAGCUGUCUGUAGCAAAGAAUUUGGUGCUCUAUGGCUGAAUAAGUUUUUGAAAUACUGUCACUUUAUUUUGGGAGGGAUUGAGAUAUGUCAGCAUGAGCUCCAAUAGCUGCCUGAUGUCAGGGAGUGUAGAAAUC